AUGGCAUGGUGGUAUGUGCCUAUUAAUUCUAUCAUCCUGAGACCUCUCAGAUUUGGAGAUUCACAGGUUCCCACCCAGCCCAGGCAACUUCAGAUCACUGGGGAUGUAGCUGAGUGUUCUCAUUCUGGAGGGGAAGCACGUCUAGAAAGUUCUUCUGCUAAAAGAUUAACAGAUAUAGGAAUUAGAAGAAUCUUUUCUUCAGAGCAUGACAUUUUCCGGGAAAGUGUAAGGAAGUUUUUUCAAGAAGAAGUGGUUCCUAAUCAUGCAGAAUGGGAGAAAGCUGGAGAAGUGAGUAGAGAGCUUUGGGAAAAAGCUGGAAAACAAGGACUGCUCGGUGUCAACAUUGCAGAACGUCACGGUGGGAUUGGUGGUGACUUGUUCUCAGCAGCUGUUGUUUGGGAGGAGCAAUCCUACGUAAAUUGUUCAGGUCCAGGUUUCAGUCUUCAUUCAGAUAUUGUCAUGCCCUAUAUUGCAAAUUAUGGCUCAGAAGAACAGAUUAAGCGCUUCAUCCCUCAGAUGACUGCAGGCAAAUGUAUUGGUGCUAUAGCAAUGACAGAGCCUGGAGCUGGGAGUGAUUUACAAGGAGUAAGAACAAAUGCCAAAAAAGAUGGAAGUGAUUGGAUUCUCAAUGGAAGCAAGGUGUUCAUCACUAAUGGCUGGUUGAGUGAUGUUGUGAUUGUAGUCGCGGUUACACAUCGUGAAGCUCGAUCACCUGCACAUGGCAUUAGCCUUUUUCUGGUGGAAAAUGGAAUGAAAGGAUUUAUCAAGGGUCGGAAGCUACAUAAAAUGGGAUUAAAAGCCCAGGAUACUGCAGAACUAUUCUUUGAAGAUGUCCGAUUGCCAGCUAGUGCCUUGCUUGGAGAAGAGAAUAAAGGUUUCUAUUACCUCAUGCAAGAGCUUCCACAGGAAAGGUUGUUAAUUGCUGAUUUGGCAAUUUCUGCCUGUGAAUUCAUGUUUGAAGAAACCAGGAAUUAUGUUAAGCAAAGAAAAGCUUUUGGGAAAACAGUUGCACACAUACAGACUGUGCAGCAUAAACUAGCAGAAUUAAAAACACACAUAUGUGUAACCAGAGCUUUUGUGGACAGCUGUCUGCAGCUGCAUGAAACGAAACAUCUGGACUCAGCCUCUGCUUCCAUGGCGAAAUAUUGGGCAUCUGAACUACAAAACAGUGUAGCCUAUGAUUGUGUACAGCUCCAUGGAGGAUGGGGGUACAUGUGGGAAUACCCGAUUGCAAAAGCUUAUGUGGAUGCCCGAGUUCAGCCAAUCUAUGGUGGUACCAAUGAAAUAAUGAGGGAACUGAUUGCAAGAGAUAUCGUCCGUGAGCGGUAAACAUCUACCCACAUCCUGGAGUCUUAUUAUAGCUAAUCAGGUUUUAAAUCUACUCAAGACAAAAUCUAACCUGGGAAAGAAGGAAAAUGGCAUGUGUUUUUUAUAUGCUCUGUAUAGAGAAAGAAAUCAAAUCCAGAUUAACACAGUGGAAGGGAAAUUUUUGAAUCGCAAAAAUCAAAUUUUCUCAUAAAAAAUUUAAUUUCUAAUUUUUAUGUAAAAGUCAAAGGUUUUUUAACCCUAGAAGCCUUAAUAUUUCACUUAUGUCUAAGAUUCUAAAAAGUAUUAAUUAUAUAAAACCUGAGAAUUGAAGCAGAACUAAUUUUAUAUUGCCAUGCUAUAAAAACAUAACAGCAUUGAUCAUGGACUUGUACAGGGAAAAA